AUGGACGACUCCGCUACUAAGAAUGGUUGGUUCAUCCUCCCCGAGACUAUGUCAAAUUGGCCGUGGUCCAGGCAUAUCAAUCCUCACUACGAAGAGAUCAAAGCGGAAUCGGAUGCAUGGCUGAAGGCUUUCGAACCGUUCAAUGAGAAAUCUCAACUGGCGUUCGACAAAUGUGACAGUGCACUCCUCGCAGCACUAUCAUAUCCAAAGGCAUCGAAGGAGCACCUUCGAACGGGGUGUGACUUGAUGAACGUCUUCUUCGUCUUUGACGAAUACACCGACGUAGAGAGUGCCGACGUGGUCCGCGAAAUGGCUGACAGUGUGAUCGACGCCAUCACCCAUCCCGACAAAGCGAGACCCGAGGGCGAGAUACUUCUGGGGGAACUCGCACGACAGUUCUGGGCACGGGGAAUCAAGACAUGCACUGCUACUUCCCGGAAGCAGUUCGAGAAAGCAUUCAUUGACUACCUCAACUCCGUCGUCGAGCAAGCUGCUGAUCGGGACAACGUCACUAUCCGCACAGUCACGAACUACUUCCCGAACCGAAGGGAGAAUGUCGGAGCUCGGCCAUCCUUUAUAUCAGCGAUACUCGGGACAGACGUUCCCGACGAAGCUUUCUACCACCCAGUCGUUGUCGAGCUAUCUGACCACAUAGCUGACCUCAUCAUCCUCGAUAAUGACCUUGCGUCGUACAACAAAGAACAGGCCACAGGAGACGAUCGACAGAAUAUUUUGACCGUCGUCAUGAACCACUCUGGAUACAAUCUCGACGAAGCUCUACGAUGGGCCGCCGAUUAUCACAAGGACGUGGAGGCUCUUUUUUUCGAUGGUCUGAAGAGAAUUCCAUCCUUCGGACCAGACGUCGAUCAGCAGCUUCAGGAAUACAUUCAGGCUAUAACGAUGUCGCCCCGGGCGAUUUACUGCUGGAACUUCGAGAGCGGAAGGUACUUCGGUGACAAGGGGCGAGAGAUUCAGAGGACCCGUCGCGUACCGAUUCUACCCAAGGUCGUCGACAACCACCGGAGCCUUCGUAGACAGGAUGUUGUAGUCCCCUUAGUCACUUUGUAG